AUGGGCAUCUCGAGUGAGUUGUCGCCCGUCAGAGCAGAUUGGCUCGCAGACCCGACCGGCAGCUGAUGCUCCAGUGAUCCAUCGCCAGGCAAGCGGGAUGCGAGCGUGUCGACAUCUCCCUUCUCCUCUCCCUCAUCGAGCAAAAUCAUCAAGCUCACUUGUUCGAUCCUUUCUUUUCCCGACUCCGACUUUCAGGACGAACUGUUGGGCAACACGUCGUGCUGGCAUGGGACGUGGAAGCGACCCAAAUCAUCGGCCAGGAUCGCCGCUUUCGAUGUUAGUUCUCGUCCACUGCAGUUGCAGUUCACGAGAUGACAUGAGCUGCCUACCAAUGAAUCGUCUGCCGGCUCGUUUUUGACUGCCUGCAGAUUGACGGAACUUUAAUUACCCACCGCAAGGACUCGCUGAGGCCGAAUAAGACAUUCCCGGACGAUGAGAACGACUGGACUUGGCUCAAUGCCCAGGUGGUGCCCAAGCUGUGCCAAGCUCACGCGAACGGGUGCGUAGCACAUGAUAUUCCUCUCACCCCGAAGGACACAAAUCGCUGAUCGUACCUAUGACUUACGUCUUUGUAUCCUAAUUCCCUUCCAUAGCUAUACGAUUGUCUUCUUCUCGAACCAAGCUGGUUUGGCCAAAUCUCAACACAGUUUUCGGCUCAAGCUCCCGAUGAUGGCGCGGCGUGGGCUAGAAAACGUACCAUUCCAUGUCUUUGCCGCAAUCGAUUAUUCGAUGUACAGAAAACCGGCAACUGGAAUGUGGGACUAUUUCGUUCAAUAUUGUAAUGAGGGAGUCGAAGUUGGUGAGUUCAGCGUAGUCGCGAGAGCCGCCGAUCGGCAAAGUUUCCCAUCCACGUUAUCGCCACGUUAUCGCAUAUGAUUGACGCGACGCCAGUGAACCCACGAUCUUGUCUUUUUGUCUCAUCGAGAUAGAUCUUACACAGUCCUUCUACGUCGGGGAUUCGGCUGGACGGCCUGCACGGGACCAGCGCCCUCGUGCCGACGCAACGGACAUCGAUCGAAGUAAGUCUCUGGCUUCUCCAUGAACCGAGGGCGCGCAUCACAAGUAAAGCUGAUCAGCUGAUACGGCCCAUGCCCAUGCUUCCCAGAGUUCGCGCACAACCUCGGUCCGUGCAAGGGUCCCGUUAUGUGCGAAGAAAUUGAGGGUUAAUUUUGAAACACCGAUGUGUUUGCCCUUCAUAGAUCUUCCUUUCUACACCCCGGAGGAGUACUUUCUCUGUCGCCCGAUCUCUACGCAAUGGUCAUUCCGCACCGACCAUUGGCCUUCCUUCAACUACUCGUACACGGGCCCACUAUUCUCACCUUCAACAUCCCCUCUUAUUGUCGCACCGGCGGAAGAACCUGAAGUGGUCUUGUUCAUUGGUCCUCCGGGAGCGGGAAAGACCAAGUUUUACUGCGACAACUUCAAGGGAGAAGGCUAUCUUCGCAUCGUGAGUGGCCGGCAUUCUUUGGUAAAUCAAAUUUUCUGAGCUCAACUUUCUUCUUCCGAGGGUGAAUUAGGGCGAUGCUUCGUUACCCGACGCACUGGCGCUCUUAACCUAUCAUUUCCAAUCCACACCAUACCCUCCGUCCUGCGUCAUUGACUUGCUCCUUCCCUCCCGAUCCCUACGCGCCUCGAUCGUCAGCCAUAUAUCGCAGCUUAGUCGAGAGAGGUCUUCAAUGGACGCAGCGGACCAAUCUAGCCGCUCACAUGGUGGGAUCAAAGUCCGUCUUUUCCACUUUACGACGGACAGGGAGCUUUGUAAACAUAACACGGUGUAUAGAGCACUGAGCCCGAGUGCGCUUGCUUACGACCCUUUGAAGAAGAAGUAUGCCAAAAGAUUAGCCUUCGAGAGAGGGGAAGAGAGAGAGAUGGUACCGAGGGAAGUUUGGGAGAGCUGGGAUAGGAGAUGGCAAGUUCCCGACGCGGAUGAAGAAGGUGCAAUCUUCCUCGCUUCUUGAGAAUGUGUCGAAUUAACUGAGUUCUGACUUUUGACGUGAUCGACUGCACAGGAAUCGAGGUGAUCAAGAUCCAUUUCAAGCUCGUUGGGACGACGGAAGAGCAGAAGAAGUGGAGGAGAUGCUUGGACGUAUGGAAGAGACCGAAUCCAUUCAUCGCGAGGAGGACAGCUUUAUAG